GGUGCUCCAUUUCAACAAAAUCCCAACUGACAAGAGCGGUAACAUUUUUGCUGUCAUCUGAAAGAGGAUUUUUUGUUUGAGUUUGUGGACUCCUGUUUGCUUCCAUACAAAGAGCAACCAUGUCGAUGGGUUUGGAGUUAGUGGGCAUUACUCUUGGAAUGAUUGGAUUCAUCGGUGCUAUAAUAGCAUGUGCCUUGCCUCAGUGGAAGACGACAGCUUUCAUUGGAUCCAACAUUAUCACAGCUCAGGUCAUCUGGGAGGGCUUAUGGAUGAGCUGUGUUGUUCAGAGCACAGGCCAGAUGCAGUGCAAGAUGUAUGAUUCUCUCCUGGCUUUAUCGGCUGACCUGCAGGCGUCCAGAGCAAUGACAGUCAUAGCCAUUAUUCUUGGAGUACUAGGGGUGCUGAUCUCGAUUGUUGGAGCCAAAUGUACCAACUGCAUUGAAGAUGAAACAGCCAAAGCCAAAGUGAUGAUCAUUUCCGGGAUCUUCUUCAUUCUCGCCGGACUUCUGGUCCUCAUCCCCGUCUCCUGGAGUGCAAACGCCAUUAUCCAGACUUUUUACAACCCAGUGCUGGUUGACCCUCAGAAGAGAGAGAUUGGGGCAUCCCUUUACAUUGGCUGGGCAGCAGCUGGACUUCUUCUGAUUGGAGGGGCUUUGCUGUGCACCAGGUGUCCACCAAAAGAGGAGAAAUACAAGCCAGCAAGAAUGGCCUACUCUGCUCCACGCAGCAUCAGUGCAGGUGGAGGUUAUGACAAGAAGGACUAUGUUUAAUGCCUUUUAAUCUAUGCUUGUUGUGUUUGUGCUCUUAUAAUGUAAAACUACAGGGUAAAGCUCUGUGAUAGACUCCGAGAUGAAGAUAUUUGUAAAAAACAUUUAAACAUAUUGCUUUGCUUGCAGAUAGAAAAAAAAUUACCCUUAGUUUGACCAUGCUUUCAUUUGCUUAUGUUAAUGCUUGUGUAAGAUAAUGUGUUUAAUCUACCAAAAUACUUUUUAAAUAAUCUUGCAUUGACUACCUGGUGUCAUGUGUUAGUGACUCUGGCUGUUCAAAGAUUGUACUGCCAGUGUUGUAGAAAUGCCAGGUCCCUCUUUACAUUCAUUUGCAUUAAUUGUGUGUUUUGGAUGUUAUAUGGGAGAGUUAUGUCAAGACUAAAACUUAAUGCUAAGCACUUUCACAUAAUGCAUUUAAUUUACAGAUAUGUAUGUUUGUAUAUUACAUCAUGAAUUGAUCAAACUUAAUCGAACUUUUUUUUAAAGAUUGUCUUUGCGUUUGUAUAUUUCAAUUAAAAUUUCAAGGUUUUGAAGUUUUGCUUCUUUUUACUAAAAAUUUGCUUUAUUAUUAUUGUAAUAUGAAACUGAA